CUCUCUCCCCCUCCCUCCUGUCUCUCUCUCUCCCUCUGUCCUCUGGGGAACUCUAUCCGUUAGCGUUGCGUUCGCAGGGGCCUGCUGCUGCUGGGUGUUGAGCUCCGGGUCCAAACGCCCUCACGUCCCCGUCGCCCUGUCGCCCGCACUCGAGGACUGCGAAAUCCGAAUCCAAAUCCGAAAUCGUUGCUCGUCGCUCGCAUCGCAGGUUGUGGCUAUGGCGGCCUCGGCAGUGGUGUCGCCACUGAGCGCGCAGGUGAAGCUCGCGAACACCUUCGCCACGGGCACGGCUCUGAGACCGGGCUUCAAUGGCAGCAGCAGCGUGAGCGUCGCGGCGCCAGGAAGCGUGCGCGUGGUGGCGCUCAAGAAGCUGCUGGGCAAAGUGGUGACCAACACCAACGACAAGAGCGUGACCGUGGAGGUGUCGAGGAUCGCCCCGCACUCCAAGUACAAGAAGCGCGUGAGAUCCGCCAAGAACUACAUCGUCCAUGAUCCCGAGAACCGGUGCAAGAUUGGCGACGUCGUCACUCUCGCCAAGUGCGCCCCGGUCAGCAAGCGCAAGACCUUCGUGGUUCUGGAGGUGCGUUCCGGUCAGGAGGCCGAGAUGGAGCUGAGCCAAGCUCUGGAGAUUCCCUUCGAGUCUGCUGUGGCCGCUUGAUUCCUCCCUUCCCCCUCUCUGUAGUCUUAAAAAUUCUUUUACUGUCGUAGGUAGGAACAUUCUAGGUUUUGACAAUCCCCGCAAACCUCACUCUUGGUCGGGCAAAGCGAAUUCAAGCGAAACUCACUGUAAAACGCACGGCUGCUGCCAAGCUUGGCCUGUCGCUUCAGUAAUGAUAUGAAAAUCAAUGCUCUUUCACGCUCUUUUUAUCUCUGUCAUGUUCUCCCAUCUCCAUGGCUACGGAAUGUUACAGUUCGCUUUCGUGUAGACGUGUUUCCAUUUCUUCUUCGCGAAAAUGAUAUCAUAGCUGAAAUUGCCAUGUCUAAAAAAAGUCGCGGAGCUGUGCCACACUUGAAUUGGAUGUAUGCGACUUCGCUUCAGUAAUGAUAUGAUGAUCAUUGCUCUUUCACGCUCAUUUCAGUUCAGUCAUGUUCUCCCCCUCCAUGGCUACGCAAUGUUGCAGUUCGCUUUCGUGUAGACGCGGUUCCUGCCUGUUUCUCGAAGGAAUGAGAUGUCAUAGCUGAAAUUGCCAUGUCUGAAAAGAAGUCCGGGAGCUGUUCGACACUUGAAUUGGAUGUAUGCGACUUCGAAGCAAUUGUCACGUUGCGUGAAAAUCGCUGUGCCUCUUUGAGUCUGUCCGUCUCGUCUUGCACUUGGAAAGGGGCUUUUAAAAUUUGAAUCUUGCUCUCUAUCUAAUAGAGCAUUGAGCUUCGGCGGAAGAGACUAGUUUGUAAAAUUCUAGUAAAUUCUCAGUCACACAUGUUUGGAGCUUAGUAUGCGGCUUGAACUGAAGCAGAAGAUCAAUUCGG